AGCAAGGACCCCGAAAGCAAAUGCCUGCAGACCCACCGUGGGGACGCCUGGGAGGCUGGGGCAUUCGUUUUACAGGACAGGACUGCAGUAACCACUGACCGCAAACGAGGGGGUAAAACCACAGAACCAGAAUUUGUUGCAUAUUUUAGGGCUCCGUAGUCUUUGAGGAUGUAGCUGUGAACUUCACCCCAGACGAGUGGGCUUUGCUGAGUCGUGCUCAAAGGCGCCUCUACAGAGACGUGAUGCUGGAGAACUUCAGGAACCUGGCCUCCCUAGGAGAAGAGUGGAACAGCCACAGCAUUGAAGAUCAGCGCAAGAAUCAGGUGACACAUUGGAGAAGUCAUGUCCCAGAGAUACUCUCAGAAACUAAUGAAAGUAAUCACUAUGGAGAAACUUUCGACCAGAUUCCAAAACUUAGUGAGCAUAAGGGUCUUGCAGCUGGAGUAAAAACCUACAAAAAGAACAAGUUUGAAAAAGCCAUCAUGGAUGCUUCAUCCCUAAAGAGUCGCAUAGCAGCAUGUCAACAUGGACAAAGACCCUAUCAGUGCAAGGAAUGUGGGGGAACUUUUCUCUGCUACUCAUCCUUUAGAGCACACGUCAGAGCUCACACUGAAGAGAAACCUUAUGCAUGUAAAGAAUGUGGAAAAGCCUUUAUAUACCUCUCCAAACUCAGAGCACAUAUAAGAACGCACACUGGAGAGAAACCUUACGAAUGUGAAAAAUGUGGGAAAACCUUUCGCUCUCCCUCAAAUCUUUGGACACACAAAGAAACGCAUACCGUAGAGAAACCCCACGCUUGUAAAGAAUGUGAGAAAGCUUUCUCUUCUCUCUCGUCACUUAGAAAACACCGGAAAGUUCACAGCACAGAGAAAGCCUAUGAAUGUAAGGAAUGUGGGAAAGCCUUCCUUCAUUCCUUCUACCUGAUCAUACAUGCCAGAAUGCACACUGGAGAAAAAGCCUACAAGUGUGUGGAAUGUGGGAAAGCAUACAGUUGGCCCUCAGACCUUAGGAUUCACAUGAGAACACACUCUGGAGAAAGGCCUUAUGAAUGUAAGCAGUGUGGAAAAUCCUUCAGCUCCCCCUCAUCCUUUAAGGGACACAUAAAAACUCACACUGGAGAGAAGCCCCAUGCCUGUAGGGAAUGUGGGAAAGCCUUCAGUAGUCCCUCAUACUUCAGAACACACGUGAGAAUUCACACUGGAGAAAAACCCUAUGUGUGUAAGCAAUGUGGAAAAGCCUUCAGUUGGUCAUCAUCUUUUCGGGGACAUUUGCAAACUCACAGUGGAGAGAAACCCUACGAAUGUAAGGAAUGUACAAAAGCCUUCAGUAGACACUCAUCCUUACAAAGACAUGUGAAAAUUCACACUGGAGAAAAACUCUCUAAAUGUAAGCAGUGUGGAAAAGCUUUUGGAGGUCUCCCAUCCCUAAAAAAACACAUGAAAACUCACACUGGAAAGAAACCCUAUGUUAAUAAGUAACGUGGCAAAGAUUCCAUGCAGAUGACUUACUGUACUGAAUAAAUUAA